AUGGACACGCUGGCAUCCAGGACAGAGAGAGAAGGGAGGGAGACCCUGGCCAAUCAGGUGGAAGAGAUGAGUGGAAGAGCCGAUGUGACCCUGGACCCAGACACUGCCAACCCCUUCCUCAUCCUGGCUGGUGACCAGAGAGGCGUGAGACGGGGAGACGCGUGGAUCUCGCUGCCCAACAAUCCUGAGCGGUUCGACACAGAGCCAUGUGUGCUGGGCAGCCAGGGCUUCGCCACAGGGAGGCAAUGCUGGGUGGUGGAGGUGGCUGAGGGGGGGGCCUGGUGGGCUGCGGGUGUGGCCCAAGAGUCUGUCAGGAGGAAGGGGGUCCUCAAUUUUACCCCCCAGGAGGGGAUCUGGGCUGUGGGGCAGUGGUUUGGACAAUACCAUGCUUUCACCGACCCUGACUGGACGCCCCUGCGCCUUGCCUGCCUCCCCAGGGCCAUCCAGAUCUGCCUGGACUUUACAGACAGGCAGGUGGCAUUUGCUGAUGCAGAAAAUGAAGCCCCAAUCUUUGCUUUCUGCCUGGCUUCAUGUCCUGGGGAGACGCUACGCCCAUGGCUCUGGGUGGGGAUGGACUCGUGGCUCAAACUGUGCUCCUGA